UCGAAAUGCCUGGAAAACACCCGUGUCCGGAUUCAGGAAUCGAUACUCGAUCAUUUGGAGAAACAGGAACACCGAUUUGUCUGGCUUCGUGGCUCUCCGGGCACUGGAAAGACUGCUAUAUCGAUGAGUGUCGCCUCAACGCUUGCCCAACAACGUCGCUUGGCAGCGUCUUUCUUCUGGGACAAGAACCAAAAGGGAACAGGACUUGAUUCGAUUGAACACUUCCCCUCUACUCUUGCACGCCAGCUUGCCUUGUUUAACACUGAGUACGAGGGCCUUCUUACCAAUCAGCUUCGACAGCCUUCUUCACUG